AUGCGUAUCGGAUUUGUGUUGUAUUGGUGCGUAUUUGGUCUUCAUCUCUGCAAAGCAGACGAUGUGGAAAGGACAGAUUAUAGAGAAGGUGCGAGAAGGCAGUGGGGUCCUAUAGUGAGGAGUGGAUCGUUCAUCAGCGAUUCCGCCAGCGCCGCGUCCAAUGAAAUCAUAUUAUUAGAGGCGUGCCACAAUGAGCCCUCAUGUCUUCAAGACCACGCUGGUCUUGAGGCUAUCACGCAACUCCACAGGCAACUCGACGACGACGCGAAUGGCAACGUCGACCUUAGCGAGAGUGAUGAUUUCCUCCGCGAAGAACUUCAAUACGACAGCGGCUAUGAAAAGCGUCAACGCGCUUUUCAUCACAACGAUGAUAUGCAUAUAUCUGUUAAGGAACUAUGGGAGGCAUGGCUGAGAUCAGAGGUUCACAACUGGACGGUUGAGCAAACGGUGGAAUGGCUUUCAGACUCUGUGGAUCUUCCACAAUAUAAGAGUUUGUUUCUGCAGCACAGAGUCACAGGAGCCACAUUGCCUAGGUUGGCAGUAAAUAACAUGCAGUAUGUAAGCAAUGUGUUGGGUAUCAAAGAUCCCAUACAUAAACAGAAACUUGCGCUCAAAGCUAUGGAUGUGGUUUUAUUUGGACCUCCCAAAGUUCACCGCGAGGCAAAGAUGGGUAUAGAUGCACCCCCGUCGUUCUCAGCCAAA